UCUCAUCUUCAGCUUCUUCUUCAGGGAGUGAAAACAGAAUCCAUAAAAAAGAUAAAAGAGUUGAAAAGAUCGAAAUGGUACCCUCCUGAAUUUCUCACUUUCACUCGCACAUUCUCUGCCCCUCCUGCUCUUCCUUGCUUCCUUUCAUCAUCAGGAAAAGGGGUGGGUGAGAAUUAUUAUUAUUACUAUAUCAUCUGUUGAUGGGAUGGGUGCUCCUAAGCAGAAGUGGACUAGCGAAGAAGAGGCAGCCCUUAAAGCUGGAGUGCUUAAGCAUGGCACUGGCAAAUGGCGUACAAUCCUUAUGGACCCUGAAUUUAGUGCCGUCUUGCGUUUGCGUUCCAAUGUUGAUCUCAAGGAUAAAUGGAGAAAUAUAAAUGUGACUGCAAUAUGGGGUUCAAGGAAAAAGGCGAAGAUCACACUUAAAAGGAGACCACUGACUCCUAAGCGCGAGGAGAAUGCAAAGGCUCUCAGCACUGUUGUUCAGACCAAUGAAGAAGUUGUUGAUGCUAAGCCUCUCGCAUUUGCUAGUGGGACACCAGGGAAUGGUGGUCCAAAAGACCUGCUUGCAAGGUUGGAUAAUCUAAUAUUAGAGGCUAUUACCACUUUGAAGGAGCCAACGGGUUCUGACAGGGCUUCAAUUGCUUUGUACAUACAGGAGAAAUACUGGGCACCCAUGAACCUCAGAAAGCUAUUGGGAGGAAAACUGAAGCAUUUGACUGCCAAUGGAAAUUUGAUUAUGGUUCAGCACAAGUACAGGAUUGCACCUAGUUCAACAUUUUCUGAAGGAAGAAAAAACCAUGCCCUCCCAGAAGGAAAACAGAAGGAUGCGUUAAAAUUGGAGAAGAGUAAGAACAAAAUCCUUACUAAAGCCCACAUUGAUCGAGACCUAUCAAAGAUUCAGGGCAUGACUGCCUUGGAGGCUGCUGCAGCUGCUGCAAAGGCAGUCGCAGAGGCAGAAUCUGCAAUUGCAGAUGCUGAAGCAGCUGCAAGGGAGGCUGAGAAAGCAGAGGCAGAGGCAGAGGCAGCACAAGUUUUUGCUAAAGCAGCGAUUAAGGCAUUUAAGCUCCGGGCAUGUCAUACCUGCUUCAUGGUCCGUAAAACCCUUUCUCUGCCACCAGGAUUCAACAGUAUGGCAAGCAAAGGAGUGCAAGGAGCUAGGGAUUGCCAUUUAGCAAAACAAAAGAAAAGAGCAAGCCAAGGCCAGCUUUCUUAGUGAAGAAAGCUGCUCAAGCAUCGUCUAUUCUUGAUGUAAUUUUGUAUCAUGUGGACCAAAAUUGGCAGUUGCUCCUGCCCAGGAUGAAAGGGGAAGAAUACGCUAUCCUUUUUUCCUGCUUUCCUUCCAAACAUCUAGUAUGGCAUGAGCUGAGGGCAAUUCAGAUCUAUACAGAUCAUUAGCUUCCGUUGUUCCUAUUUCAAGCUCUACCUCUUCAGCAUCUUUCUCAGACUCUUCUAAUAAAAUAUUUGAGAGCUUCUUGUCUAAACAAUCAGUAGAAGCACCAGAUGCCACAUCAUCAGCAAAAACAUCCCUCUUCACUAAUAGGUUUGUGGCUACAUCCAGGCCAUUAACAGAGUUUCCAGUGCUAGAGGCUGCUUCCGGAUCAUCACCCUCUCUGUUGGUACUACUGUUAUUAACAAGGGACAUAUCUGGAGUGAUGCUAGUUUUAUUAACAAAAGUAUCCUCAUCCAGCUCGAGAUUUCCAUCUACCAUACUUGCAGAAGUGGUUAGCAUAUAUGCGCUCCUAUUGCCUGCAAUUUCCCCACUGUUAGUAUUGAUAUGAGUAUCAUCAGUGUCUUCAAUGCAAGAAUUGGUGCGGGGUAAAUCUCCUGAUGAGCCAGGCCUGCAUAGAGACCGCAAUGAUCUUGACAAGUUAGAGACUGUGACCUCUGAUGCCAUACGACAAUGACCAACUGCAUCCAACAGCUUCUCUAAACUAUCCUGACUGAUUUUUUCUCCAUUUUUCUCGAAAAGAUCUGUCCACUGCCUUUCACUAAUUUGAAAUGAGGCAUGAGCCAUGGUGUUAAUAAGAGUGACAGCCCUCUCAUAAUUCUCUUGAGCUGUGGCUUGAAAUACCAUUUCAGUGAAGAGCAGUGGAUGAGGGAUUUCUCCAGCUUCCAAAAUUUCAUCAAAUGCAUGCUCCAGAAGAUGAUUCUGUGUUAAGAGAACAUUAAGUCAAGAGAUUUAAUAAUCUACUCAUUGAGUUCAUCUGUAAGUUAAAAUGAACUGGCAUGGCCAAAAACUUCAAAAAUUUAAUUACAGAAAACAACUAGAAAGGACAAGUCCACCUUUCCAGAUCUAGAUGCUUCCACAA